CGGCGAGAUCUCCCGGGCGAACGUCGUGCGCGGACGAAAACUCCCGGACGCCGGACAAAAUUCGAUCAGUGCCCUCGUAAUAAUUAAAAAAAGUAAUCGAACUGUCAAAAAAUGCGUCUGCCGCGUUUUCGAGCUGUCACAUUUGAAUUUGGAAUUAAUUUCUUUUUUAUUCGGCCAGUGUGAGAGUGGAGGUUCCGCGUGUGAUUGUGACCUUUGUUUUAGAAAAAAAAACGGUAUUCGGUUAUUGUCACAUUAUUUUUUAUGUUCUAGUGUGGUGACGAUUUGUGAUAACCGAUUCGGACAUGCGAUUUAGGAUGUCUGCCGACAACCACUGAAGCGCCGAAGAUCCCCUCAUUAAAAAUGAACUGACACUCCAAAAAUAAUAAUGUACUCUUGAUCAAAGGAAAGAUGACAAACGUAAAAUUAAAACUUAUGUUCUUCCUGCUGAAUGCUUUACUAACCGCGGAUAUAGUUCACGCGAGACCGUACUCCGACAUGAACAACACAGACAUCGUGCUGAAGUUUGGGAAUAACAACAACACUUUUCAUUUACCCAUCGAUCCUAACUCUGAUACUCUAAUCGUAGCUGAAGAGACUGAAGAAGAAAUAAGAGAAACUGACAGAACAUCUAAAUCGGAGCUAGAAGAUUUAAUGAAUGCAGAACAAGGGAGGGAUGAGGAUUUAUCGAAGAAGGUUAUGAGAGAUCAGACGAAGAUUGUUGAUGUUCCUAACAGUGGCGCUGAGGCGGGCGCAGCCGAAAAACAAACGAACAUAUCAAGUAGUUUGCUAGAUGAUAUCAUCAAUUCGGAGACAGACAGAGAAGAUACUAUUACAGAUAUUCUUUUCAGGCCAGAAUCGGAGUUUGCCGAAGAUAUGCCAAAGUUUGAAUUUUUGAUAGCAGCUAAAAUAAAUGAGAGUGACUUUUUAAAUAGAAGUGUAGGUGAGGUGGACAGGGAUAGAAACAGUAGUGAUGUGCUGAAGAAGGUGGACUAUGUGGAGCUGGUGGAGGUGGCGAGGCCGUCGAAGGAGAACAAGAGUGCGCUGAUGAUGAACAUCACUGGGCAUGAGGUGGAUAACGAUUUGGCUCCAGAUACGAGCUACUCGGAUGUGCAGACUUUGUUCCUCGCGUGCUUCGGGACGUUGCUGCCGCUGCUGGCUGUGCUCUUCGCUACGCUGCUCAUUAGGUGUCUCUGCCGUCGCUACUGCCCCACGUUCUGCAAGAAGCCGACAGGAUCCACCACCUCCGACAGCAGCGAGAAGCAAGAUGCUAAUCAUCAACAGUUGAAGUCUCCAACGGAAGAGAGUACCGGUACCGAUGGCGGGGAGGCUCCGGCUGCCAACGGCUCCAUCUUCACCAUGACCUUGAAGAACAACCAUCUCAUUGUGGAAACUGAGGAGAGGAAUGACAUAACUAAAAACGGUCGAGAAACCAAAAUGAAGUAUUCACCUGACAAUGAUGGCAUCUUCGUUGUAGAGGUUCAGCAGUCAGCGGCUUACAGACCCAACAAGAACAUCCAAAACUCUCCACAGCAUGAUCCUCAAAUCUCCACCAACCAGGCCCUCAUACACCGCGUUCCUGAUGAAUUGGACAAGAAGAUAGAAGAAGACAGUGAAAGAAGCAGCGAGAAGUUUGAAAGAGAUAAGGCACUAGCUUUAUCUAGUACGGGACUUUCAAUUUCAGACCUUAGCAUGUCAUCCAUUGGUUCCCAUAACGUCAGCUAUUCUUACAGCAGUCAGAUGGGCUACGAACAAGGUCCAUUUGGAUAUCCCGUGUACGUUGGCUAUGAUACAUCUAAAGACGAUAUGCCAGAAGGUAUAGUUAACGAUAAUUCCCAAGAACCUUUGAUUACCAAAACGCCAACUGACCCUGAUAAGCCUGUAGUAACCGCAGCCAUUUUUAAGCAAGAUUCCAUUAUAGGUAGCGAAGCGCUGCAAGGACCAGGCUACUGUAUCGAAGGCUCAACUGACGGACCGUUGCUAUCAGAUGUUCAAGCGAGAGAAUACAGCUUACAGCACCUUCACGACCAGAAAAAAAUGGAGAACGGUGUAGCAGUUCCUGUGGCAGAGAAAGUGGAAGGUUUAAAAUCGUUAAAUCGAGCUGACAGUCUUCCAGUGCGGUUAGAAGAAGAUGAAGUUGAAAAAGUACCGAUGGAAACUAUCAAAGAAGACGACGGCUCUGGCAAAGAUGUUUUGAAAUGUAAGAGAGGGUCAUUGCCGAUUAUAAAGACGGAUAUGUACGAAUCAGUGAAGGACGUGAUUUUACCUUCGGGGUCUCCGAAGUUUGAGAAGCUGAUGAAUGAGACGUCGCCGGGGGAUGGAGCAUACGACUCGCCUCCAAUGAUCACGAUCACAGAGGAGAGUGAAUCCAGCAAGUCUGAUGGCACGAGUUAAUUUUAGCGCUCGUUUUUAUGUAUAUAGUAUGUUUCAGGUUGUUUUUAAUGUGUUGAAGUGCGGUGUCGGGGAACGCGAUAAGAAACCAGAUUUUUUUAUCAUUUUAUUCAUGACAAUUCUUUGACUUUUUGAUUGACUUGAUUGUUAUAACACAUUUUUCUUCUUAUAUCUUUCUGAUCUUCACCUGACCUGGUAUUAUCUUCCCCAUCGACACCGUGUAUCCUAGUAAAUAAUUUUGUAAAAUCUAUUAAUGUAGUCGUAAGCUUGGAGUCACCUCGUUUCAUUGCGUUCAGGUUCUGCCACUAGUUACCCUGACCGUUCUGUGUGUCGCUCCGUAGGUGAAUUUGUAUAAAUUAGAUUAUUGCUGGCAUAUUUGGAUGAUAUAUUUUGUGAAGGUUAGGGGAUGGCUCUUGAAGGUCAACGAAUAAAGAUAUUUCAAGUAUACAGAAAAUAUUGUGAUUAGCAUCAAAUAUUGUAAAGGGAUCUGGGAGAAGAAGGGAACUGAGUUAGCCAAUUGGUGGUAAAUAUGAUGUAAUGGCUAAGCUUGAUGGCGAUUUUGGAAGACAGGAGGAAUACAGGUGGUGGGCUAUUGAAAUGUUAGACAUUUUUAUGGGAAGUCUCAAUUACUGCUAUAAGGUCGAUAUCAGAAUUAGUAUCGCUUCUUAAUUCUUUUCUAGGAAUAUUUCAUCGGUACCCGUAAGUUUCGGUAUCGGCUUUAUAGUGUUAAUUGAUGACAGUUGUAUUGUUUUUGAUGUUGAUAUGUCAUUUAAAUAUACCGGUAUUUAGGGGUUAAGGAUGAACUUUGAAACUUGAGAUCAGAUUCGUUGAUGGUUAAAAGUUGACAGUUGAAUUCAAAUUAGUGAUCCAGCUGCUUUUAACAGUAUUGUUGCUAAAACACUUGAAACUGUAAAUUCUAUAAAAGAUUUUAGGCAAUUAUUUUGAUCAUUUUACCAAGUGACUUUGACUGGGGUCAAGAGUUAAUGUAGUCUGAGUUUUAUUGUGUUUUUGACUUCAACUUCAUCAUGUAACCAUUGGGUCUGUGGUGCAAGGCUGUCGUUUCCAUGAUAUGUACAUUUCUGUUCUUCAUCGUUGUGGCCAAAUAGAUGUAUGUAUAGACUAAGUGAUAGUGGGGGAAUGUUGACAGGGCUAUCAUUUAUAAUGUCAUUUCUAUCAAAUCUGUCUUGAGGAAAGAAAACUAUGGAAGGCAUGUUUUAUGUGGAAGGUAUUUAUUUCCAGGGUAUGACGAUAAUUUCCUUGGUAUGUUUUCGAGCUAAUUAUUACCUAGUUUACUCUUAAUUUAAUUUGUAAUUCGAAGGAAUAGUGUAGGUUAAAUGGAAAUUACUGAGCUCAAGAGGUCUUUGCCUAAAUUUUAUCCUAUCCUAUUUUGAAAUAAUGGUUGAAUAACAUAAAUUAUUAUAUACUGUGUGAUACAGAUGACCCUGUCAACAUUUAAGUUCUGCAUUUACACCAAAUUUCGCUACUAACUAGUUUAAGAUACUUAUUGUUAAAAAGUAUUUAUAAAAUUAAGGAAUUGAUUCCAGUAUUCGAAGCUCUUUUAAUUUGUAUUCAUAUAGUUUAUAAAUAAAAUAUUAUUUGUUAGUUAUUAGGUAUGAUAAAGUUAGUUUUGCUCAGUUUUUGAAAUUAUUUUUAAAGUUGUGAUAGAAUUUAUAGAUAUUAUGAAAACUAAUGUUUUUGUCAUAAAGGUUUCUGUCGAAUAAAGUGUAAUGAAAGUCAACUGAUUUUAACACAACAAAUUCACGUGUAUUUUAUAGAUUUUAUUUUUAACAACAUAACAUAAUAAGAAUUUAUAAAAUACAAAUAUAAAGUUAAGGCAUUAAUACCUUCCCGAACACAAGUUUACAAUACGAAUGUUACGGAGUUACACUACAGUCGACAGAUGUCUUUAUCUAUAUUUAGUUUGAGCGUUAGUGCCGUCCGCGAGACAAACGAAAUGUUUACGUGCCAAAUCAACCUUUAUGAAGAGAAAACCUGUAUUAAACUAUACAGUUUUACGGAUUUUUAAACUGGUUUUAAAGAAAAAUGUAAUUUUGAUUUUAAGGAUUGAACGCGUUCUAAUGUCAUUUGAGCAUCUUUGGCAGUCUGACAGGCAGUCGUUCCUUGUGAAAUACUGGUAUAUACUCAUCUGCAUCCCAACAUAGUUCAGAAAAGGCUAGGCAGACCUUAAAUAAAAAUACAAGUUCAGAAAAUUAUCUUUGGUUCUUUUUGCUCGGAAAAUCCGUAAAGCUAUAGUAGUAUAAUAAAAUGGAAUAUUCGCGUAAAUUGAUUAUGAAUUAAAGAAAUUAUGAUUUCGUUGUAGGCUAGUUCAAAAGCUAAGAGUUUGAGAAAUAUAAAUUAGCAUGUAAGUGAUAAUUAUUGUAUGUAAAUGAAUUUAGUUUGCAUUAAUGAUUUUAAUAUUUUAUUUGAAGUUACUUUUAUAAAAUAAAUUUAAAGUGAUU